AUGUUGGGCGCUUCGCAUGGGCCCCAAGCAACUCGCCAAGUUGUUCGUCUUUGCGACAGCUCUCAGCGGUGGAUUUGGAAUCCUUACGCUGGAGGCUUGGGGUGCAGCAGCAUGUUGGGGACGGAGCCUUGCGAGAAGCUGUCUCCCAGCGCGCCAGUCGGGAGCAGCCUGCAGGAAGUGGAAAAGCUGCGCGAAAUGUACAAGGACGAGGUUAGCAUGCUGACGCUAGAGCACGAGCUGCUCCUGUACGACCUCAAGCGCUUCCACGACAUGACUGCCCUCUACAGAGACGCCGAGAGCGGCUCCUUCCUGCUGACUCCUCCCGAGGCGAUCCUGGAAGCGAAGAAGGGCAUCGACUUGAGGAUAGAGCACUUCAAGGACGAGUGUGGCCGCUGCGAGAGGCUGCAGCGCCGCAUGCAGCGACAGAUGGACAAGGGGCCCCCCGUGGCAGCGAAGGAGGGGUCCUCGGGGCCCCCCCCCCCCUCGUCGAAUUCCCCAGAAGCGGUGGCUGCCAACUGCAUCCUGCUCAAGCGCGUGCGCGAUCAGAGGCGUCUGAUCGCUCUGCUGCAGCGCGAUCUGGAGGAGCGGCUGUACGAACAGUCCCUCAUGGAAGUUCACCUCAAAAAGCUGCGACAAGCUGCCGAGCAUCUCGACGUCAGCCUGCCCGCUGACGCCGCUGGGAAGGGAAGCCGCGAAAGCCGUAGGCUCCCUGGGGAGGCUCCCAGCCUCCACCAGCGAGAAAAGCAGAUCCCCGAGUUCAAGACGGCUUGGCUCCACCGCAUCCGCUUCGCCACAGCGCCUCUCCCGAGAGUGCCCUCCAGGCAGCCUCCCGUGCCUCCUGCCAGCUGCAGACCCCCCAAAGCAGUCCUCUCCCAGCUCAGUCGAGGCGACAGUACUGGGGGGUUCUCCUUUUCUAGGGGCCCCUCGCGCACGUGCUCGUCGCCACGCGUGAGUGUGAGUGCGCCCAAACACAAAGACUCAAGAACGCUGACUUCCCCCAGAAAAGCCUCCGAGGAACUGCGCGGUGGCAGCCUCGCGACCACAGCACAUCACGCCCUCUCGUCUUCCCACGCACUCCGCGAAGACAGCGCCGCCUCCGGAGCGGCGGAAACGAAGGCGCCUCUGCGACAGACGUCCUACAAGACGCUCGCCUCGCCGCGUGUCUCCGCCGCAGCAGGCGGAGUGGUGCGCGCAGACUCGCGAACCCUCAUGUCUCCCAGAGAGGCGAGGGCCCUUGACUCGCCGAGGUCGCGUUCGCUUGUGUCUCCCCGGCGGUUUGAAGGGGCCCCCGGGGCUUGA